AUGUCGACACUGAACACCUUCCGCAUCAUCGACAGCGACGAAGAGGCAUCGUUACACCCACGAGCAAUAUGGAACCACUGGAAGAAGAGGGUACUGUGGGACCAUAGGACGUACUACGGCGUCUUGGAGUUCAUCGGCGUUUUCGUCGCGAUUACAGCGCUGAACGUCGACUGGCGACUCGCACUCGUUGGAUUUCUACUGUUGGUCGCUAUUGCACCUCUACAUUGGUACAGCAACCAACGAGACUCAACACACAUCCUAACACGGACGAGCUCCCACUUCUUCGUCCUCAUCACACUCACCAUCGUGAUUACCGCAAUUCAGCUUUACCUAGCGUUCAACGCCAUCAUCGUCUGUGAAGAUAGAUGGUGCAUGGAUGAUGAGAGGUCUCGCGCAUUCGCCGUUACCCUCGCGUUAUUGGCGUCAAUACAUUUCCUCCUCGCUGCCCUCGUCGUGCUGUACCGAACUGCCCGGCACCCUCCCAAAGACCCCCUCCUCGCCGAACUCCCAUCCCCCGUCGACGUUGAUGAAGAAGCUGGCCGACGUCCAUGGAUCGAAUCUAACGUAGCUGAUGGCAUUGAGGAUGACUCGCCUGAACCCCUCGAUGGACAAGUCAGGCUAACCUGA